GUCUGAGCCAAUCAGCAAACGAGAUUCGGCGACCGGUGCGUAAUUACGUCAUGUAAACGUCGUAGGUCACGUUACGUAAGUUCCAGAGAGCAGGAAGUGUGAUGUGGCUCUGAUUCACAACAAUAAUGUCGGCCAUCUUCAACUUCCAGUCCCUGCUGACAGUGAUUCUCCUCCUGAUCUGUACCUGUGCCUACAUCAGAGCCAUGGCUCCCAGCCUGCUAGACAAGAACAAGACCGGGAUUCUAGGAAUAUUCUGGAAGUGUGCCAGAAUAGGUGAGCGGAAGAGUCCCUGGGUGGGGGCCUGCUGUAUCAUCAUGGCUUUUAGUAUACUGUUUCUACAGUAGCAGUCCAAAGCAAACCACACAUGGAAACACUGGGAGGGGGGAAAUGGACAACAAAACAUGGACAGUACGAUCCUAGAAGCACAACAGGACCUCCAGUGGUUGUCACUUUGAUAAUGUAAAAACAGAGAGCCGUCAACACUCGCUGAAGCCAUGGAGAAAGUAAACGUGUCUGCUUAGGGGGGAAGGGUGAGCUGAUAGCCCCAGAGUGUGGCGCGAUCCCUCCUUGGACUUCCAGGUCUGUCCCUGUGUUUGCUUAUGUGGAAUGUUUACUCCGGGUGUAUAUGUGUGUGGGGGGGCCAAUGCUUUCUGUUAUCUGCCACUUAGUCUAAAGGAAGGGAUUCAGAUUGUGGCAUCAUUCUGGGAUCAAAUGGUACACUGUUUGUCUAAACAUUUCAAAUACGUUUCUCCCCCUUUUGAGUUUGUCACAGUUUCAUUGAAUUCUCCGCUAAAAGGACCGUCAUACAUUUUCACGUCUCCUGUGACAAACAUGGAGGCUUAUAUCUGUAAACUGAGGUAUAAAGAGCUUUGUAUCAACUCAGUUUUUUGUAACCUAUACCCUGUUUGGUGUCCAGAUUCCACAUUGAACAAAGUGACAGUAUGGGUCUUCAAAUGUCACAUGAUCAUCCAGAUUUGCCCGAAAGAGCUACUGAUGUUUUUAAAGUCAGUCAGUUGUUCGCUAUUUAUUAAAGAACCAGUUUUGGAAAUUUAA